AUGGCAGAUUUAGAUCUACCUGACGACAUCACUACAAUUGUUCUCUCAAAUUUACCCGUGAAAUCCCUGCUGCGAUUCAAGUGUGUUUCUAAGCCAUGGAAUUCUUGGAUUUCAAGCCGUCGACGAAAAGGAGCCAUUGCUCGGAUUUCUAAUUGGAACUCUACACUUUCCUUCCGAUUCAUAAACCAACAACUCACUUCAGAAAAAACCAAUGAUAUUAAGCUGCUAAGUUGUAGCUUUAUGGGUUCUUGUGAUGGUCUUAUACUGAUUUGUCGAGACGAGCAUAUUUACUUGUGGAAUCCUGCCACCCAAUUUUGUGCCAAAGUGCUUGAGCUUGACUUCUUGAAUGACGAUGACUAUUAUAUACGUGCGGGACUUUGUUUUGACUCCUCCAAAAAUGUUCACAAGUCUGUGUUGAUUAUGCACAAAGAUUUUCGUCGUGAAUUUGUUAUAGUUGCUAGUUUUAAAGACCGUGAUGGGAUUACAGUACAUGGACGACUUCACUACAGGUGA